AUGAUGUCCGUGCAGCAGUACUGUCUACGGUGGAAUAACCAUCAGCCGAACUUCAUCUCGGUCUUUUCAACGCUGCUGCACAAUGAGAGCCUGGUCGACGUUACACUGGCCGCCGAGGGACGGCAGCUGCAGGCACACAAGGUUGUCCUGUCGGCGUGCAGUUCCUACUUUCAGUCACUUUUCACCGCCAAUCCCUGCCAACACCCAAUCGUGAUAUUGAAGGACGUGCAGUACAACGACCUGAAGACGAUGGUCGACUUCAUGUACUAUGGUGAGGUGAACGUGUCGACCGAACAGUUGCCCCAGGUGCUCAAGACGGCCGAAAUGCUCAAAAUCAAGGGCCUGGCGGAGAUGCCGGACGCGUCAGCCGUGUGUAAGGCGGACCUGAGCAAGCUCGACCCGUCCGAUCUGAUACAGGCGGCGAACGUUAUACCUGGUGCGGCUGGCGAUGCGAUAUGGGGCAGUGCCGAAUCUCAGCAGCAAGCGCAACAGCAGCAGCAACAGCAGCAACAACAGCAACAGCAGGCACAACAUCACCAGCAACAAACGCAACAGCAGCAAUACCAACACCAACAGCAGCAGCAGCAGCAACAGUUACAUCAACAAACCCAGCAGCUGAGACGCUCACCUUCCCCCACGACCAACAUGUCACCCGCGGCACGAAGGAAACGGUUACGGAAGACGUCAACCGGUUCCGGUUCCAUCUCGACCGACCGGUUGCAGCAUCAACAGCAGCAGGCGGCUGUGGUCGUAGCGCAGCAUCAAGCUGCUGCAGUAGCUGCGGCUGCUGCUGCGGCGGCCGCUGCUCAGCAGCAGCAACAACAGCAGACGGACGAACAGCACGGUCCGAGUGCGGACCCGAGCACAUUAAACCUCGUGCCGCAUCUACACAUCCAGCAGCAGGUGGACAACAUAUCGUACGGUACGGCAACGGCGGGGCACGGUGCGUUAGCGCUGGGCGCGGCCGCUGUCGCUGCAGCAGCCGCAGCCGCCGCUGCCGGCAACAAUAUCCGCAUCAUUAAAGAAAGCCCCAGCUCGGACGUGGACCAGCAGCAGCACGAAUCAUCGCAGGAGAGCGUCGACGAGACGGGCCAUCACAUGCCGAGCAUUAUCAAAACGGAAGACCUGAGUGGGGUCACGCAAACCAUACCGAUGGACAUUUCGACGACACCGACCGCUGUAAAUAUAACGCAAUCGCAAUCACAGCAUACCGGUGGGCAAUGGACGGUAAUCGAUACGAAUUAUUCGCGGUUUGGCAUUGCGCCGUGUCAGACGAAUUUAGGACUGCAGCAACAGCAGCAGCAACAACAGCAACAACAUCAACAGCAGCAACAACAUCAGCAGCAGGUGCAGCAACAGCAGCAACAUCAUCAGCAAACGAAUCAACAGCAGCAACAGCAUCAGGGUGAUAGUCAAGGCUUAAGUAGUGGCGGCAAUGGUGCAAACAAUGCCGCCAACGGUGGCGCACCGGGCAGUGGUACGGCUGGAUCGGCCACCGGUAACAAUGGUGGGCUCGCGAACGCAUCCACGACGAACUCGAACGCGACGACGCCGCAACCGACGACACCGGUCCAAAUCUAUCAGCAUCCAUUCUCGCCCCAGAUCAUAUCGGUUAACCCGAACAGUAUGGUCAACAGCUACCAAUCGUCGAACCUAUCCACACCGACGUCACCGCAGACGGGCAGUGAUCAGACGACGGGGCUAGUGUAUAGUACCGGAACGCCAAAUCAGUCACCGCUCGGCGCCACAACGACCGGUGCGUCGUCCGGUACGAAUGCGAGCGGAAAUGGCAAUACGGGCACGGGAGCCGGUGGUAAUGGUACGGCCGGAGGUAAUGGUACAACGGGCGGCGGUGGUGGCAACGGUGGUGCUGGUGCCGGAAACGGUGCGGGAGGAGGUGCUGCCGGAACGGGAACAACCGGUGCUGGUGGUACCGUGCAACCGGUCAAGCGGAAACGAUCCGUCAAUCCACAGGGAGAUGAAAAUUUCCUGCGAGCACUCGAGGCGGUCCGGUUCGGUGGUAUCGGUUUCUGUAAAGCCGCACGGCUGUACGGUGUUAAUAAUCGUACGCUGUGGUUAGAGUAUAAGAAGCGUGGUUACCCGAUCAGCCGGCCCAGCAUUAAGAAUCGCAUCAAGCUGGAGCCGAACAUAUCACCGCCUCCGACGGCCACAACGCCACCUGGUGAUGAGAACGCUUCGAUGGAGCACUACGAUACGGCACUAUCAUCUCCUGCCCUUAAUAUGUCUCUGCAGCAGCAGCAGCAGCAACAGCAGCAACAACAGCAAGUCCAGCAACAUCAGGCCACCCAGCAACAAGUCACCACAGCACAGCAAACGCAACAUCAACAGCAGCAGCAGCAAGGCAACGACACAACGAAUGCCGCGGCGGCAGCUGCUGCCGCUGCCGUCGUUGCUGCCUCUUCCACAACCCCCCUUAUGUGCCCCCCGCACGGACAUCCGAUGGGUGUGAUGGGUUUUCUCGAUACACGGCAUGUCGAUUUUACGACCACGGCCAGUCUGCAUCAAAUGUCCCGCCAACGGUAUCCGGAUACGGCCACGGUUAACAUGAAUACGGGCGCAGUAAACCUGCAAGGGUUGAACUUUAACUCCAUGUAA